AUGACCGGUGUCAUGUUGAACAUUUUUCAAAUUUUAACAGAAUCCGAGCAUAUCCGCGACAAGGUAAACAUUGCAGGAAUCCUCAAUAAACUGAAGAAAAUCGCAUUUACUGGAACGAGUGAAAAACGCGUCGUAUUUGAAAGUAAAGAAUUACAAGACAGUGGCAUCGAUACGAAAACUAUUCGAGACAUUGUCGUUAAAGUUCCAGGCAGUUCUAUGUUCAGGCAAAAUUUACUCGAUGGACAAUAUCGUUUUUUCUUUAGUCACCAGACAAUUCAAGAGAUACUCGCUGCUCUUUACGUUUGUGAGAUGAAUUUACCAGAGUUUGAAGAUUUCGUGCAACAUCAUCUCCAUCUUGAUCACUGGUCGGUAGUGCGCAGAUUCCUUUGUGGAAGUCUAAUCAACGACACUCUGGCAAAUAAUGAAUUUUAUCAGUUGCUUAAAAUUGACCAAAAAAACGAAAAAAGGGAAAUUUUGAGGCGUAGCAUGGACGAGGAACUCAAACAAGCACAAGAUUCGCUUGGGUUGAUGGAAUUGUUUGGCUCCUUGUACGAAGCAAAUGAUGCUGGUUUAAUCAAGGAUCAUGUCAAAGUUAUCAACUUCGAAAAUACAGCCAUCAACCCCAAUUUCAAAUUUCGAAUUCAUUCAAACGCAAAACGAAAUAUCAUGCGACGAAAUGAAAAAGCUUGGCCCACUCUGCAAUCCUUCGAUGCUCCAUCAACCAAUAUCCAUUGUUACUGCAGUAAAGACGCUUUGCUGCUAUUUUUGCAUGCCUACAAGCAUAAAACGAUCAACAACUUUACUUGGAAGCCCCCUACCGAAGUAAAUAAUUCUGCGAUUGUUGGACCUCAGGUUGAUAAGUCCGUGACAGAGGAAGAAUUUGGUGAAAGUGACAUCCGCACGAUCAACAACUUUACUUUGAAGUCCUCAACUCGAAUGAGCGCAAAAGUCUUUGCUGAUAUUUCUUCGUUUGUUGAAUCUCACGUUGAUAAGUUCGUGACAGAGCAUGAAGUAGAAUUUGAUGAAAACGACAUCGGUAUUCUCAGUCAGAGUAAUGGUUCUAAAAAGAUGAGAAUUCAUCAAGUUUUGAUAGGAGACAGCGUGUCAAACAUUCUCUUUUCUCAACUUGGCGACGUUUGCUCAAUAUACGACGUUCGGAUUUGCGACUUCUCCACUGUCGAGUUAGAAGCAAUUCCAUUGAGAAAUUUUAGAAUACACGCUAGGAACAGCAAAUUAAAAAAACUUGACGUCUCGUUCAACAAUUCACUGGGAGUGGAUGGAAUUUCUGAAGUUGGAUCGACUGUUUUACAAUGUGAAGUGGAAAAUGUUAAUAUGAGUGGAUGUCGCCUGGCAGCAGAUGCAAUGAAAGCUUUCAAAAACAAUACUCGCGGUGCCAAGUUUAAGACACUGGACGUCUCGAACAACGAAUUUCUGGGAGUGGAUGGAAUCUCUGAAGUUGGAUCGACUGUUUUACAAUGUGAAGUGGAAGAUGUUUACAUGAGCUGGUGCGCGCUGACAGCAGAUGCAAUGAAAGCUUUCAAAAACAAUACUCGUGGUGCCAAGUUCAAGACACUUGACGUCUCGUACAACGACUCACUGGGAGUGGAUGGAAUUUCGGAAGUUGGAUCGACUGUUUUACAAUGUGAAGUGGAAACUGUUGGCAUGGCCGGGUGCGCACUAACAGCAGAAGCAAUGAAAGCUUUCAAAAACAAAACUCGUGGUGCCAAGUUAAAAAAACUUGACGUCUCGCACAACUUCACACUGGGAGUGGAUGGAAUUUCGGAAGUUGGAUCGACUGUUUUACAAUGUGAAGUGGAAGAUGUUGACAUGAGCAAGUGCGCGCUGACAGCAGAUGCAAUGAAAGCUUUCAAAAACAAUACUCACGGUGCCAAGUUCAAGACACUUGACGUCUCGUAUAACAGAUCCCUGGGAGUGGAUGGAAUUUCUGAAGUUGGAUCGACUGUUUUACAAUGUGAAGUGGAAGAUGUUGACAUGAGAUGGUGCAAGCUGACAGCAGAUGCAAUGAAAGCUUUCAAAAAUAAUACUCGUGGUGCCAAGGUGAAAUUGCCCUACUUGUAG